AAAACUCCAAAUAUGUCCAAAAAUCUCUCGAAGAGUUCUGCGUAUGAUUGCACUGUCUGAUACAUCCAAAAAGCCACAGAGACAGAGAGAGAGAGAGAGAGAGGGAGAGAGAGAGAGUCUCUAUUGUCUAUCCAAUUCUUCUCCACUUCCUUGUAGCGGUAGGGUUUCUCUCUUCCUCAAUCUCACCCACAAAAGCUCUAUAGCUCCACAGGAGGAGCUCCAGACCACUUGGCUCCAUGGAUCCCUCCGGGUCGACCCAGUUCGAUAUCUGCGAGAUUUACAGGCAAUAUUGUGAUAUUACAUCAGGAAAUGUAUAUGUUAAUGGGAAUGAGGGCUACAAACAAGACGAUGAAUCACAAACGGCUAAAAUUUCAAGAGACACAUUGAACCAGCUCUUAAAAUUGGUGGAGUCAAGGGUUCACACAAGGAUUAUUUUUUAUGAACUUUCCAAGCUCAUGUCAAAGCUAGACUUGGUGGUAGACUUUUCUGAAUUUUCCCGCUUCUAUGACUUUGUUUUCUUAAUUUGCCGUGAAAAUGGUCAAAAGAACAUCACUGUAAGCAAGGCAGUUACUGCAUGGAAAUUAGUCCUAGCAGGUAGAUUUCGACUGCUGAAUCAAUGGUGCGACUUUGUUGAGAAAAAUCAACGACACAACAUCUCUGAGGAUACUUGGCAGCAAGUUUUAGCUUUCAGCCGGUGUGUACAUGAAAAUCUGGAAGGGUAUGAUCCUGAAGGUGCUUGGCCUGUUCUAAUAGAUGACUUUGUUGAGCAUAUGUACAGGGUAUUGGGAACUAAUGAUAAUGCUAACUUCUUCUGUAACUGUGGUAAUUCAGAAUCCCAGUCAUCCGUAUUCGAGGAACCUCUUCCUGGAUUGAAAGAUUUUCCUGGUUUGAAGAGGAAAGUACUUGAGGACCUUCAACAGGAUGAAAUGAGGUCCUCAUUCACCUUCCCCCACUAUACAGACCGGGAUCCUGCUUUGAGUUUUAAGAGAAUCAGGCUGACUUCUCCCAGACCGGCAAACUGGGAGGAUAAUCCACCAGGUAAUACUACAGAAGAUUGCAUGGAAAUCACGAGACAUAAUAGUCCAUUGUGCUCUUCCAAGUCUCCAUGUGCAGUUGAAGGUUGUUUGUCACAGGGCUUUGCAGGGCUUCUUUCAACACGCGUCUGUUUGCAGUUUGAUCAGGAAAGGAGAGUUUCCUUCACAUAGAGCUCUCAGCUGAGUCAAACUAUAGGAAAAUUUCCAUUACGAGUUAAAAUGAGUGGAUGUAUUUGUCUGGCUUCUGGUUAUAAUAAUGUAUUUCCAUCAGCUUAUGUUUUCGUGGGGUCUUAUUGUUUGUUGUUGAACGUUAAUUUAUCUUAUUGAAAAAUCAAUAAAUGUUUCUUUUGUCCUUCAA